AGGCUCCAUUGAAAUUGUGUCGGUAUCGCCUUCAUCGUCUCCCACUUCUCCCUCCUUUCGAUCUCCCGUUGAGUCGGUGGAGAUGGUGGCGGAGCUGAUAUCCCUGGCGCCGGUGGCUGAGACCUACCAGGAGGAGAGCGAGACGAAGACGGAGCUCGUCACCCUCGACCUGCUGGGUGGCCGCGGUGACCCCGACCGCGCCGCGCUGGAUCUCGAGCUCCAGGUCACUGCCGGCUGGGCGAGGCGCCUCGUUCCGCUGUCAGCGAAGCUGUAUCUCUCACCCCCUUCGCCGCCCUCCCUCGGAUUCCUCGGCCUAAAGCAACCUCCGGCGGCGAAUACGGCCUCCGCCUCCGCUGUUCCCGGCUCAUACCGCAGCGUCUGUACUCUGGAGAAGGUCAAGUCGGCGCUCGCGAGGGAAUCUCUCGCUAACAAGCGUUCCCCGCCUUCCCCCUCCUCUUCCUCCUCUUCCUACGCUUCCGCCUCCGCCUCCGCGACUACCAUCACCGCCUCCUCCUUCUCGGCCAAGCGGCUCAAGGAAGCUGACAAAGAAGACGGCCAUCCCCGGGCGAUGGCGGUGGCCGCGUGCCCGGAGUGCCUCCUCUACGUGCUCAUCUGCAAAUCCGACCCCUGGUGCCCCAGGUGCGCGGCCCACGUGCCGGUCCACGGCCUCAAGAAGAAACCACGGCUAGACCUCAACUUCUCCUUCCAAGCCUGCAACCAGUCAAACUGAGAAGAUCAAGACGACGAUUACGAUCCAUGGCCCGUAGACAAAAACCUUGCUUUCGCUCGAUUAUGAACUACGUAUCUACUGCAUGUUCUGGCGAUACGAUCUGGAAGUAAUUAAUCCGGCUUUCCACUGGCGUCUUCUCCUCCUCUCUCCUCCGUUCCAUGAUCUUCGUGAUCGUCGUUCGUUAUCUCUUUAUGUUGGUCCUGGAACGGAUUGACGAGAGAGCGUUAGAGACGAGCGUAUUUAUCUUUUGCGAUUAUUAUAUAUCAUUGUCGUUUAGAGACCCCACGGAUCAUUCGAGAUGAUAAGUGGUAGCAUGUUUACCACAUGAGAUUAUGGGGUCAAAUCAUAAGAUUGUCAUGGUGUAAAUCUUCGGACUCUGUGCAACUUAUCCUACCACUAUUGAUCUUUUCGGCUGUCUUGAUUUA